CCCGGUCCUGGUCCCGGUCCGUCCGGUGCUGCUCGCGUGGUGAAGGACCGAAGCUACAGGUGGGCUGAAGCGACGGGAGCACGAUGGCCCAGGAGUUGAUUUCAAAUCUUCAAAGGUUCCACGAGUACCUCCUCCAGAGGACCGAUGUGCGGAUUCGGGAUUACCCUCUGAUGCAGAGCCCGGUCCAGAUGACCCUGAUUUUAUCGGGCUACGUGUUUCUCGUGUUGUACGCCGGGCCGCGCUAUAUGGCCAACCGCAAACCCUACAACCUCAACACGGCCAUGGUGCUUUACAACUUCUGCAUGGUGCUCUUCAACGCCUACAUCGUCUUUGAGUUCAUGAUGUCCGGCUGGGCGACGACGUUCACCUGGCGCUGCGACCUCAUCGACGUCUCCACCAGCCCUCAAACACUCCGGAUGAUUCGAGUGGCCUGGUUAUUUUACUUCUCUAAGUACGUCGAACUGCUCGACACCGCGUUUUUCGUUCUGAGGAAGAAACACAGCCAGGUUACGUUCCUGCACAUCUUCCACCACUCCUUCAUGCCCUGGAGCUGGUGGUGGGGCAUCACGCUGACCCCCGCUGGCGGGAUGGGUUCCUUUCACGCCAUGGUGAAUUCCAUGGUCCACGUCAUCAUGUACAGCUACUACGGCCUGUCUGCUGCCGGCCCGCGCUUCCAGAAGUUUCUGUGGUGGAAGAAAUACAUGACGGCCAUUCAGCUGACUCAGUUCAUCGUGGUGUCGGUCCACAUCUCUCAGUAUUACUUCAUGAAGGACUGCGACUACCAGGUGCCCUUCUGGAUCCACCUCAUCUGGAUCUACGGGAUGUUCUUCUUCCUGCUCUUCUCUCGUUUCUGGAUCCAGGCGUACGUCAAGGGCAAGCGGCUCCCGGCCGCCGCCGCCACACCCGAGAAACCCAAGCAGAACGGCGUAGCUAACGGCGUCGCGGCUGGUGUGGCCGCUUCGGACCGCGGUAAACACCUGGAGAACGGUACCGCGCACCACACUAACGGAUUUCCUGUGAACUGCAAAGUAAAAGAGGUGUAACGAACUGAGAAGGACUGAACACGGACCACAGUGGUUCACUGUCAUCAUGAGGAAAUAUUUUCUGUCUGUUGGUUCGUGGACGUUUUUGUUUUGUUUUGAUUGUUUCGGGAGGUAAAGAGCCACGACGACGUCUCGCCUGAUGUUUUUCUCUGUAUUUAUUUGUGCUCGACGCAUGAAGAAAAGCACGUGACGCGUCUCUGAUGUCACACGGACUCCCGGAUCUGAAUGUAAAUAAAUCCGCUCAGAUGUAGCUGAGAUUAAUAACACUUUGUUUUUUUUACUCCAUGUGUAAUUUAAAAUAAACCUUUUUCAUUUAGCAUC